AUGGACCACGACUGGGCUCUAUCUCCGUCCAAGCAGUCGUCACUGUACCUUCAUGAAGUAGGUGGCGAGCCUGGAUAUCCAACACAUCAUGAUGGUUUUGGAGACCAGGACCCUUACUUGUUACACCAGUUGGAUAACAAUAUUUUUGAUGGAUCUUCGUCGACUCCUCAUCACGUCGAUAGUAAUUAUGGCACGCCAGUGACAGCAGGUGCGUCCACAGGCUCGAACUCUCGCAUAGACACCACGCCAGGAGCAUUUUCCAUGGAGAGUUCCAUGUUCAUUCUUCCUGAAGGAGUGCCCAUUGAUGAUGAACACCAACCACAAUCCACCGCAUAUCCUCCCACCGGCGGCAUUAAAACCCCCGGGCUUUUAGCUAACAAGCAUCUUGCCCACGACUCGCAAAAGGCAUUUGUUUCGCCUAUUCUUCCCGGCCAAAAUGAAAAAUCUUAUAAUGACCAGCAUUACUACCAUACCCACCGGUCCGGAGGAGACACCCCACAACAGCACCAACCUCCCAGCCAGCAUGUGCGUCCCGAUGCCGUGUUCACGCCGUUGGUUUCUCCGGCAGUGACCCCCCACGACUCCCAAGUCAACGUAAAUAAAGCGGCACCGGUCCAGACCAGUUUCGAGCCUUUGACGUCUCCAGCGCUCAAUGCUCGGCCCGAUAUCGAUAGGCGACGUUCGUCGUCGUCGGCAUACGGCACGGCUGAAGACCAGCCUUCACACAAGCGCAGAACUCCCCAUGGAACCCCGGUGAUGGGACCCAAUGGUUCGACUCGAAAAGUCAAGCAGUCGCCCUCGCUCAAGGGCCGGUCGCACCGGUCUGGGGCCAGUUUGAACUCGUUUGAAAAACUCCCAGAGUCGCUGGUGGCUCCUCCUCGGUCUUCGGGUGAUUCUACUCCAAUGUAUCCUCCACAAAGAAAACAGGUUAUGGACUUCUCUAAUGGUGGUGACGGCGCGGCUCCAGCCAUGAUGGGGUUCACCAUGGGCCGAUUGUCGGAACAGCAGCCUCACGGCCACAGCAGGUCAUCAUCUUCCAGCGCCAAUACCUCUCCAGUAAUCGGCACCCAGGGCUCCAAGGGAAGAUUUGAAAAACCAGACUACAAGCGCACAUCGCACAAAAUAGCAGAACAGGGCCGUAGAAACAGAAUGAACACCGCCGUGCAAGAAUUGGCGUCGUUGAUACCGCCGUCCUUCAACAGCGAAGAGUCUGUGCCUUCCAAAGCCAAUACCGUUGAAAUGGCUUCAAAAUACAUUCGCACCUUGUUGAGCGAAAUAGAUGAGAUGAGAAGAAAAUGA